AUGAUUGUUCAAGUCUUCUUGCCUUCUUCUCUUUCUUUCUUCUUUCAAUCCUUUUCUUUCCCCACCCUUACUCUUAGGUUAGGCUCCUGGAUAUUCAAGUUGGGAUAUGUUGGUGUUGAUGUGAGUGUUGGUGUGGAUGGGACUUUGGAAUUGGUGCAGUGCCUAUAUAUUUUCGCAUUUUUGGUCUUUUUGUCUUUUCAUGUCUCUCUUAACAGAUCAGUAGGCAACAGCAACAUCAGCAGAAUUACGCGGGACACCAAGUGUCACAUUCUUACUGGAGACACCGGCAUAAUGGAAUGUAUUGAGCAUUAUCUGCAUAGCUGGUUCACCAAUUGA